GAACCUUCGCCGUGGGCGCCGCGAGGCUGUCCGGGAGAGAGCGACUCACGACCACUCCACACGCACGCUAACUCCCCGCAGACACACCGUAAUUCACCAUGGCCUCUAUCAUCCCCGUCUCCAACGAGACCAAGAGCUCUGCCGUCCGCACCACCAAGGAUGGCAGGCAGAUCCGCUACUCGCUGCAGGUCAUCCAGCAGCCAGAGCGUGCCCGCGCGUGCGGCAGCGGCGCCAAGUCCAGCGCUGACCGACGCCCCGUUGACCCGCCGCCAAUUGUCGAGCUGCGCGUCUUCGAGGGCGAGCAGGAGAUCACCUUCGCGUACAAUGCCAACUUCUUCCUCUUUGCGACCCUGGAGAACGCCCGCGCCAUCGCUCCCGGACGCGCUCCUCCCACCACGCCGAGCUUCCCCGUGCUCACCGGCACGCCCGUCGCCGGCAUGGCCUAUCUGGACCGUCCCAGCCCUGCAGGCUACUUCAUCUUCCCCGACCUGUCUGUUCGUCACGAGGGAAAGUACCGCUUGAGCUUCGCGCUGUAUGAGGAGUUGAAGGACCCCAAGGACAUGGACCCGGAUGACCGUUCCACCGUUAACGUUCACCCGCAGCCCGGCGUUGAUGCCCAUGUCUCUCACCGUCUUGAGGUCAAGUCCUCUCCCUUCAUCGUCUUCUCGGCGAAGAAGUUCCCUGGCUUGUCCGAGAGUACUGCUUUGAGCCGCAUGGUGGCCGAGCAAGGAUGCCGCGUCCGCAUUCGACGUGAUGUGCGCAUGAGGCGACGUGAGAACAAGUCGAACAAAGACUGGGAUGACUUCGAUGACGAGGCUGCCUAUGACCAGGCUAGACGCACCGCAACCCCUGAUGCCUACGGGCAGCCGACCGGCAUGCCGACACCGAACCCGGCUCUUGAUGGCAGCGAUCGCCCGCGCUCGGUGUCCAAUGCCAGCAGCACUUCGUUCGCCCCGCCCCGCCGUCCCAGCAUGGAGGAGAUGUCGCAGUCUUACCAGGCCGGCAGUAACUACCAGCAGAUGCCUCCGCCUCAGAGCGCUGGAUACUCGCAAAUGCCUCAGUAUGGAUCGGGCCAGAACCAGUAUCAGAACCAGUUUGCUCCUCCGCAGCCUGCCGCACCUCUCAUGCAGCCGCCUCAGACUCCCUACUCUCACCAGCCUCACCAGCCUCACCAGCCUGCGCACCACAACUACCAGAACCAGCCUGACAUGCACAUGGGACAGUCUUACGGCUACAUGAACAACCAGAGCUACCAGCAGUCUCACUAUGAGCAGCCUCCUCCAGUCCGAGGACCGCCAUCCGCUGUGGAGUACGCUCAGCCUCCCGCUGAGUACCGCCGUCCAUCUCUUCCGCAGACCACUCAGUCGUACCCAGGCCCUAGCCAAAUGAUACCGCCCUACAGCCCAAUGGACCAGUACAACCGAUCUCAGUCGAUAAGCCAGCCGAUCCAGCCUCUUCAGACGCCUAGUCACAGCGCGUCGGUCUCUGCCCCGAAUGCUAUGCACAUGCCCAAUGGACACGCUCUGGCCCCGCUGAAGACCCUACAGCCACCUGCGCCAACUGAGAAGCUAGAACCGGUCUCGCCGUCUUACCAGUCACCGCCGAACACCAUUUCGGCGCCCAUGUCCGCUACGUCUGAUGCGCCCCAGAACCACAACUACCUCGACUCUCGUGCGUCGCUGCCGAAGUUCGUCCCGCAAGUGCAGCCUCAAUCCUCUCUGGGCCAGAAACGUUCCUUCUCCAGCACUUUCGAUACGAAGCACAUGACUGAACGUCUCCAGCAGGGUGCAAGGCCCAACCCUUCUGGACCAGGCUAUAGCUACGAUGGAGGCUAUGACGAACCCGAUAUGGAAGAGCCCAUGGACCGAUCAGCGAUGAGCUAUCGACGCGCAGAUGGUACGCACCGUCAACGCCGAGUACCCGAGCUUGGCGUCUAGAUGUCUAGACUUGUUGUAUGAUGUCUUAUGGCGGAACCCUGCUCACGUCUUUCCUUGGACCUGGCGUUAGUCAUGACGGGUCUGAUGUCCUCGAUAUCCUUAUACCCCGACUACGUAUGAAUGCGCGAACCAGCGAGCUUUCCUUUACGUUAUUCCUUUAACUGUUGCUUCUGAAUGUUCCUUUCGGAGCACCUACUACACCGUUUUCCUUGACGUCGACGAAAAGAACACACUCAUUACCAAACCAUCUACCAACUUAAUUUCCUACCAUUAUCUAUUUCCUUACUGUACCUGUAAGCUGAUUGAACGAGGCAACCGAGUCUGGACCUUGGAUACCCAAGCUCUGGUACACGCAUGCCAUAAGAGCGCACAGCCUUACGGCACUUUUA